CAGGUAUUAUUAUUAUAAAAAAAUUAUCUGAAGCGCAGUGUGGGCGAGGUGAGUGACGAAAACGACAUCGUUUUGAGUUACAUCUCUGUUAUCGAAAUUGAGCGGUACCAACUACCAACAAGCUUCUCUCUUGUUCGUGCCAUUGCUACUCUCACUCGCCUCAUCGUUUCUCCACUUUUCGGACUAAUCGAAUGUGGAACUUUGCAUCAAAUUGUAUUGCUGGAAAUGUGGGACUGAAAAAUGAUUCUCCAAACCCAACUCAUUCUGCUUCAGAAUGUUCUGAUGAUGAGACCUCUGUCGUAGGAAGAGAGGAAGGGCUUGAAUGCCCGGUAUGCUGGGAAUCUUUCAAUAUCGUUGAAAAUGUGCCGUAUGUUUUAUGGUGUGGUCAUACCCUCUGUAAAAACUGUAUCUUGGGACUUCAAUGGGCUGUUGUGAAAUUUCCAACCCUGCCGGUUCAACUUCCACUUUUCAUCUCCUGCCCAUGGUGCAACCUUCUAUCAUUCCGUUUAGUUUAUCGGGGAAACCUUAAAUUCCCACGCAAGAACUACUUUCUUCUUUGGAUGGUUGAGGGCAUGAAUGGUGAUCGAGUAAAGUCACAUUCAACUUUCUGUGCGGAUAAUCAACAACAAUGUCAAAGCAAAGGCAAUUUAACCUUAGGAGGCCAAGUAAACCAUGGCAACCAUCAGAGGGGACAAGUUCACCAUUCAGAUACAUCGAGCUCCAGCCAGCAUCGCAGUAACACCGGUAGUCACCUCGAUAUGGAAAGAGUGAAUAUAUCUAUUCGAAAGUCGCUGAUUUUCUUUGUCCAGUUGACAGCUAAGUUCCCAUUGAUCCUUAUAUUUCUUUUGAUUGUCUUGUAUGCAAUACCAGCCAGUGCAGCUAUUUUGGCUCUGUAUAUACUUGUUACAAUUCUCUUUGCUCUCCCAUCAUUUCUCAUCUUGUACUUCUCAUAUCCUAGUUUAGAUUGGCUUAUCAGGGAAAUAGUUGCCUGAGAUCAUAAGCUAGUUUAUGCUCAAACUUUGCAAGUAUUAAGACUUCUAAUUUUCUUUCCAUGAUUAGCCGGCUCCUGCUUUAGUCCUUUACAAGUUGUGUCAAUUCUCUUCCAACAUACAGCAAGCACUGAAUUUUAUAUAGAUACUGGGUCUCGAUUUCAGCUCUCGUAGAGCUUGGCUGGUUGGUAUGUUCAAAGUCAGUUUCUCAGGCAUUAAUAUUGUUGAUGUCAACCAAGGCUGUGGAAUCGGGCGACGGCAAUAAUGCUCGUGUCAUUUUGCUGGAGGCAAAUAUUUGUUUGGCUUAAUUCCACUUUCACUUGGGGGACAAUCACAGUAAACUACAUUUAUCAAUGUCAUGUUUUGUAUGGUAUGAAUGUUUCUUUAAAUAUAGCUUAUACUUCUAUGUUUGUAACUUUGUAAAAUGUAUAUAACGAUUGUGUUGUUCGUCUGGCCACAUUUGAAGGACUAUCUGCUUAAUUUCAAAGUUGAUUCAUUCCA